AUGUCGAUCACCACUCAGCAGGAGGCGAGGGAGAGCAGCGGAGUGCCGUUUCAUUAUCCGAUGCUGACAUCGUCCAACUACACAACGUGGGCAAUCAAGAUGGGGGUUGCAAAGCAUAAGACGGCAAAAGUAGUUUGGGACAGUCUUAAGACGAGGUAUGUUGGCGCAGAUCGGGUCAAGCAGGCACGACUUCAUACAUUAAAGAGUGAAUUUGAAUCCCAGCGGAUGAAGCAAAGUGAGUCAAUUGAUGAUUUCGCCGGUAAGUUGAGCGUUAUGGCUAGCAGGUACAUCAGUCUUGGUGCCACCAUGGAGGAUUCUACCAUGGUGAAGAAGCUGCUCGACUCGGUCCUCGACAAGUUCUUCCCUGUGGUUGCAGGGAUUGAACAGUUCUAUGAUGUUGCGAGGAGGCAAGGUGGUACCAGCAGUGGCAGGGAUAAAAGGCACAUCAAGUGCUUCAACUGCAACAAAAUGGGACAUUACGCCUCUGAAUGCCGCACCAAGCAUCGGGAUGAGGAGGUAAAUCUUACCCAAGACAAAGAGGAAGAAUCUGCACUGCAAUUGGCCGUGUGUGCAAAGAAGCCACAAGAUAUAGUUCUGUUAAAUGAGAAGAAGGUGAUACCGAAGCUGUUUUCCACUGGUGAAAACCAUCAAGAUUCCGGCAUCUGGUACUUGGAUAAUGGGCCAAGCAAUCACAUGACAGGACAACGUUCUUUCUUUAGCGAUCUGGAUGAAGGUUUUGUUGGACAGGUUCGGUUUGGUGAUGGAUCCACCGUGCAAAUUAAGGGCAAAGGUGUUAUCUUGUUUGAGUGUAAGAACAGAGAACAGUGGCUACUGACAGAGUGGCAGGCUCCUGUUGAAGGUGAGGCAAUGUUGCAACCGACUGUACAAGACCAAUUUGCAGAUCGGUUCUCCUAUCUGUCUCACUGCAAGCAUUGA